AAUCUUAAACCCCCCCCAUGCAGGAAGUGGACGAAAAUGAAUGAAACACAAAACGUCAAUAUCGCUACUUUGUGAUUGUCAUUGAGAAUCUGAGACUGAUUUAUUGCUGCGAUGGGGCUGGAGCCUCUCGAAUUUGCAGAAUGUUUAACAGACAGUCCAUUCUUCCGUGAAAAACUACAUGAUCACGAGAAGGAAUUGGAGCGUACGAGUAAAGCCAUCAAGCUACUGAUAAACGAUGGGAAUAACCUUCUGCAUGUCGCCAAAAAUCUUGGCCUUGCUCAGCGCAAGUUUGCCACCAAGCUGAUUGACUUUAAGUUUGAGUGCAUUGGCGAGAAGACCACAGAGGAUGAAGACAGAAUAGCUGGUGCCCUAAAGGAGUUUGGGAGGCUGAUCGUCCGUGUAGAGGAUGAGAGGGACAGAAUGAUUUCAAAUGCUGCUGACCAGUUUCAGAGGCUGGAAAAGUUCAGGAAGGAACAGCUUGGUUCUGUCAAGGAGGAGAAAAAAUCAUUUGACAAACAGACAGUCAAGAUUUGUCAGUCGAUGGAACGAUACCUAAAUUUGAAGACGAAGGUCAAUGACAACAUGCUACAGGAGGCUGAUGCUCAGUUAGAGAUGGAGUGUCGAGGAUUCCGAGAGGCCUCCAUGAAAUAUGUACUCAAGGUUCAAGAGGUACAGGAGAGGAAGAAGUUUGACUUUGUUGAAAUGAUUUUGGCAUUCAUGUACAGCUUGUUUACAUUUUAUCAUGAAGGAUUUGAAGCAAAGACUGAAUUAAAUGAUUACUCAUCACAACUUCAGAAGAUAUUGCAGAAGACAAGAGAAAGUUUUGAGAUGACCCGAGAGCAGACUGAAAAAUUGAUGUUAAAAACUUUAGACAAUAGAGGAACGGCUGCUGAGAUGUUGAAGCCUGUUAACCAGACGGGGGCCAGUAAGGGAUGUACACGCGAGGGAUAUCUCUACCUUAUGGAGAAGAAAGCCCUGGGUGUGUCCUGGAAUAAACACUACUGCUGGUACAAGAAGGAAAACAAAGAAUUCCACAUGAUGCCCUAUAACCAGGUGGCCGGUAAACUGAUCCAGUCAACAACUGAAAAACUCAUAUUGAAGUCUUGUGUGCGUCGACCAUCACAGUCAAUAGAAAAACGCUUCUGUUUUGAUCUUACUGUGAUGCUACCAGAUAGCAGACAAGAUCAGAUCACGUUCCAGUCACCGUCUGACCAGGACAGGAAGUUAUGGAUGGAUGUGAUGGACGGCAAGGAACCGGUUUAUAAUGCACCAAAGAGUAAUUCAGAUGAUUCAUCCUUGGAUGACAUAGGAUUUGGUUUUAUAGAAAGGUGUAUCAAAUGUGUUGAAGAAAGAGGACUAUUUGACCAAGGUCUGUACCGUGUUGUGGGGGUCAGCUCCAAGGUCAGCAAACUUAUAUCUCUUGGACUGGAUCCCAAGAAAAAGGAUAAGAUAAAUAUAGAAGAUCCUACCCAGUUUGAAAUCAAGACAGUAACAAGUGCUGUGAAACAUUACCUUAGGUCGUUACCAGAACCACUGAUGACAUUCAAAUUUCACUCGGACUUUAUAGCUGCUGCCAAACAAGAAUCCAAGACACUGCGUAUUCAUGACGUUCAUACUCUAGUUCACAAGCUGCCCGAGGCUAACUUUGAAAUGUUGGAGCUGAUGAUUAGACACUUGAAAAAUAUCUCUGAGCAAAGUGAUAAAAACCUGAUGACGGUGGCUAAUCUUGGGGUGUGUUUUGGUCCGACACUGAUGAGGUCUGAGGAGGAGUCUGUAGCAGCCAUCAUGGACAUCAAGUUCCUAAACAUUGUAGUGGAAUUACUCAUAUUUCACUACGAUAAGAUAUUUAAAACGGCACCCGAGGGGGCUGACAUUAGCGAGAUUCGUGUGGUGCCCUCCUCCACAGCCAUGCUGACAGAGAGGCGUGAACCUAGCAGCAAGUUUGUGCCACUCAAUGAUCACAUGAUGAUGGCUAGUCCAAACACUGGACAUGUAUCCCACGCCCCACAACCUAUUUAUGCAAAUAAGGCACCACGUGCCCCGCCCCAAAGUUACCAACCUGGAAAAGCUAAACUACGUGGGGUAGAGGUGUACAACCCCCAAACAGGAGGUUUUGAAAUGGCCACAGGAAGUAGUACUAGUGGAAGUUCUGAGUCACUGAACUCAAGUCACUCAAACCACGUCUCUAAGAAUACCUCUUCGCCUCCAGUCAACAGCCAUCGCAAGGGCCCUGCCCCCCAGGUCCCUGGUCCCACCUACAGCAAUGUCAACGCACUAGCCAACCGGUUCAACUUACACAUGACAGGGUCGGACGUGCCCACUUUCGGAAGCAUCAAGAAAAGAGGUUCCAAUGACUCCUCAUAUUCCACUUCCAUGACAUCCUCGGUACCGAGUAUGACGGGCAGCCUGACAGGAUCUCUGGGAGGCUCCAGCAACUUCACAAAACCUAAGAAGAGAACGGUGCGGACACUAUACCACUGUGAUGCUGAGAAUGACUCUGAACUAUCUUUUGAACCCAACAUGAUUAUUACAAAUGUGCGGCCUUCCAAGGAACCAGGCUGGUUGGAGGGUAAUCUGGACCACAAGACUGGCCUCAUUCCAGAAAAUUAUGUUGAAUAUGUGGACUGACAUAGGCUAAGCACUGGACACAAGCAUGUUGGAGAGCAAGAUUAAUGUAGACAAGAGUCUGGAUGACCAGAAUCAGUACAGGAGCUUUCUGUUUAUGUCCAAAUGCACAAUGUCAGUGCUUGGUGACCUGUUCCAGAAGACUCAGGGGUGGACGCUAGAAUUAUGAACAACAUGGAUGCACCCUAGUCUGUGGAGAGUAGAAGUCUAUUAAUUGUGGCCAUGGAGGUCGGUGAGGAGAAGGCACUAUAUGACAUCAAAGUAUUAAGUAGUUUUAAUUUAGGUACAGUAUAGGGACACACUGUUAGUGUCUAGCUGGCUUUAAGUACAGUUCAAUGUGCGAAGUAGCAAGUCAGCUGUUUAACAACCAAAUCUUGAUUACCUAUAGAAUUGAAGUAACAGUUUAUACAAUUGUUAAAUACUUUUGAAUUUAAUAUCAUAUAAUUUACACAUGUAGCAUUUUGAUCUUUAUUAUGAAAUACACAACACUUAAACAAAAGGUUCCGAAAUAAAAUUGACCAUUUCUGAGAAAGAUUUUUCGUAUAAGGCAGGUUUCCUUUUACAACCAUAAGUGAAAUACUUAUUGGAGCAAAUUCAUAGAGACUUGAAUUAUUGAUCAUGUCAUUAUCUGAUUUCAAAGGGUUAAGUCAUAACCAGCAGAUGUUUAUUAUCUAUUGAAAUCAUUUUGAUGUUAGUGUGUAUGUUUAAAUCAAGAUCAAUAUGUUACAAGAGACUAGCAAACCCUCAGCAGCUUUUGGAGUACACCUUUGGGGUACACCUUUGGGUACACUUUUGGAGUACACCUUUGGGGUACACUUUUGGAGUACACCUUGUGGGUACUCUUUUGGAGUACACCUUUGGGGUACACUUUUGGAGUACACCUUUUGGGUACUCUUUUGGGGUACACCUUUGGGGUACUCUUGGAGUACACCUUUGGGGCACACUUUUUGAGUACACCUUUUGGGUACUCUUUUGGGGUACACCUUUGGGGUACUCUUGGAGUACACCUUUGGGGUACUCUUGGAGUACACCUUUGGGGUACACUUUUGGAGUACACCUUUGGAGUACUCUUUUGUGGUAAACCUUUGCACAUGUGUAGUGUGACUUGCACAUAAAAGUACCACAUCCUCAUCAUAGUUUAAUGAUAGUAAUUGAUCAAAUUCUAAACUGUAUUUUUUUUUUAAACUUGCACAAGUAUCAACUAUGUCGAUUUAUCAAAGUGCAAUACAUGUUUACUGUACAGGCAAUAACAGAUUGAUGCAGUACUGAUAUGUGUACUAGCUGUAAUCUGAGUGAUUAUAAUGGCAUUAGUGAAUCGUUUUAGAAGCAUUAUAUGCUGCUAACCCACUGAUUCUGUUUAUAACAUAUCAUAAACAACUGUAAUUAUUUAUAUAUAAUUUAUACAUUCAAAUUAACAAAAUGAACUAGUUAAGUAUAAGGGCAGGGUACUCUCCAAGCAUAAAGUAUUAAAAUAAACUACUUCAUUGGUCCAGAAAAUAAUAUCAUUUUCUCAAUGCCAGAAAUCGUCUGUUUUUCUGAUAAUGUUUUUACCUACUGAAAAUAAAAUGUUAUAGGAUGUUGUCACAAUAUGAAAUGAAUUAAAGACAUUUAGCUAAUCUUAAGAUGUCUUAAAUGAAACAGUGCUAUCUUGUUUCAUAAAUCUUAUAUAAAAACUCAUUAACUAUUCUAUACAUGUAUAUGCAGUCUUACCAGAUCUGGUUACUUAGUAUGUACCACACACAAACCCUGGAGACUUGUGAAGAAGAGUAUUAUUACUGACCACUGUGAUACUAGUACUUGACAGUGUUUUUAUAUUAUUUACUAACUUUAUACUCAUCAGUACAGGCUGUAUUGUACACAGAGCUCUAAGGUGUAUUGUGAGAUAUGUAAACAUUUAUUUACUGAGAUUUUACCCCAAAAACUUAAUAUUACAUAUAUAAAAUAUAAUCAUUAACUUAAAUAUAGUUCUAACUUAAGAUUUAUUAGUAUAAACUGCACAAUGGGAUUCAUUAAUCACACCAGGCACAAAUCCAGUAGAAGUACAUAUUGUAAACAUGUCCGGAAUAGAUCGGACAAUCACGUGGUAUUAUAUACAUGUAGUAGCUACCUUAGGUAUGGCAAGUUACAUCCAAAGGCUUCUGUAACCAUGGUUUUUAAUUGAAACAAACAUUUGUGAACUUGUUACACAUUAAUUAUAUACACUGUAUAGCACUUGACUAGAAGUUUUAGUAAUACUACUGAGUGCAUUCGCAGCCUGAACAAAAUGUAUACAAAGCAAAUGUGUUGCCAUUUCAAUAGAAAUAACUUUGCAACAACAUUUGACUAUCGGGCGUAGCUAACCCUUGGUCGGAGUGCAUUCGUUUAGGAGCAGGUACAGGGCAGGGCCUUGGUAGACGGACAAAGGGGUACAACAAGCAGUGUUUUUAUUUCAUUCGUUUUUCUGUUUGAAAAUUGAGUGGUUUCACUGGUGUACCAGUGUAUAGGCAGCUGCGCGCCUGACUAUUAACUGUGUUCCUCAACUUUUAACCCUGGUUUUAAUGGUGAAGUUUUUAUCAAGUGAAGUUAAAGCACUAUACAGCAGAACUAUUAAUUAGAAGAAAAGAAAAAAAUUACUUGGAGAGCCUACAUCCUCACAAUAGGGUUUGAUAGAGCAAGAUCAGACUUUGUUGAUUUUACCUGAGGUUUUAAAAAUGUGAUUUUAGAGAUCAGUGAAAUACACUUUUAAGGAGUAGGAAUUGAAAAGUUACAAUGUAUGACUCACUAUGGUUUUAAAACAGUUCGAAUUCUGGUAGUUCAAUAAGAUUUAUUGAUACGUUAAUAUUACAGUUUGAGCAAGUUGUCUCCCUUUGAUUUUUUUGUUUGGUUGAAUGUUAACAUUCCAUUGAUAACUAUCCUUUCCUACCUCACACAUCAUCAAUGGUCUCUGCUGCAGUCAGUCUAGACUGUGCUAUUGUGGAGUUUAGGGGUGGUCAGGUUAGUUUAAGAUUUUGAUUUUUACCAAGGGCAGAAAUGAUACCAGAUAAUAAAAUCUAAAUCGUAGCAAGCUAAUACUUAAAUUUAAAUUUGGAUUUUUAUGAGAUUAUGUUUCUUUUUAAUUUUUACUUGAUAAAAUAUGUCAUUUAUAUUGCAUAGUACAUUUACUAGUAUACGAAAAAUAAUUGUUAACGUGAUGGAUCUUUUCUGAGGACACUUAAUGUAUGACUAAACAAUUGUAUUAAGGCAAUACAUCAGGUGUACUUCAUAUCCAAUUGUUGCAUUAAUUACUGCUGUGUCGGCUAUUUUCAUGAUUUAUGUCUCCAUUGAUCACAAGUAUCAUACUCAGUAACAUUCUGUUAUGUUGGAAAGGAGAAGAGUUUGUGUUGUAAGACUGAAAUAAAUCAUUGUUAUACCUGAUAGAUGGACACAGAAAUUGUAGCCUGUUUUUAUAUACUGGUACAGCAAAGGUAUCGGAGAGCUUAAUGUUUUAUCAACCUAUACAUAAUUAAUGGAUUCAAACAACGGAAGGAUAAGAAAGGUGACUGAUGAGAGGCAUUACAUUUAUACCGUUGGAAAGUCACAAGAGCAGGUUAGCUACAUGUCAUCAUAUUUACCAGGAAAUAGAAUAAUGCUCUCAAUAAUUUCAUGAUUAUGUAACUAGCUUGCAUGGAUUAAUCGCAUUUAACCUAAGGUGCACAAAGAAGGACCCAUUAUUUAUUUCACCUAUGCAUAUGUCUGAGAAACAUGACUUUUAUACCAUGUACAUAUAUUUGUUGUCUGUUAGUCCUAACCAAAUGUUGUUGUACGGUCGGAUUAUAGCUUCUCCUCUAGUUAUGGACGUUGUCAAUUUAUUUGUUUUAUAAUUGUGUUAUUUCUACCGUGUACAUGUUUCAGACUUCUAUCAGUAGAUAUGUAUGAUUUACUUGGUGUGUAACAGGUAUCCUGAUACAGGUGCAUCAAAGCAUUGUCUUACCUUAUAGUGAAGAAAAGAUUUACAAUACAGUAAAAUAACAAAUUUUGUCAAUUUAAAGAUUUAUAAACUUGUAAUAGGUCAGUAGGAUAUUUGGACCAGUAUCUACAUCAUAUAGGUCAGACCUUGUAAUGUCAGUAGGUUUUUUGGACCAGUAUCUACAUCAUAUAGGUCAGACCUUGUAAUGUCAGUAGGAUAUUUGGACCAGUAGCUACAUCAUAUAGGUCAGACCUUGUUAUGUCAGUAGGUUAUUUGGACCAGUGACAUCAUAAAGGUCAGACCUUGUAAUGUCAGUAGGUUAUUUGAACCAGUGACAUCAUAAAGGUCAGACCUUGUAAUGUCAGUAGGUUAUUUGAACCAGUAGCUACAUCAUAUAGGUCAGACCUUGUAAUGUCAGUAGGAUAUUUGGACCAGUAGCUAUAUUAUAUAGGUCUGACCUUGUUUCUUUAGUUUGUUGUCUAACUUUAUUGUUACAUUAUGUAGACGACAGCAGAAGGUGUUAAGGAAAGUUAAACAGAAGUGUUAAUGUGUCAAAAGCUUAAUUCAAGGUCCAUUAAAUUUACAUUAUCAAAUAGUGACCAAAGAAAAAUCUAUAAAGAUUUACUAUAUUGUUUUAAUGGCCUAAAAUGGUCAUGGCUUCCGGUAACCCUCAUGAGCUCUGGGAACAGAAGCCCAUGCAAUGGGUAAUAUGAUUAAAUUCAAAACCGAUAACCCAAGAUUUUGGUAACUUUUAAAGCAGUCAGUCGCAUAGCUUAGGGGUAGCAUUUCAGGUGUUCAUACAAAUUCCGCCAAAUGCCUGAAACUAAGACAGGAGGACCCUGACGGGGCACUGCCAUCAAAUUUACAAUAUAUUGACGAAACAAAAAUAUAUUUAAACUAUAUCUGUGCAUAUGAAAGUUUAUCCCGUUAAUAGUAUUUAUAUAGAAAUUUAAAUAUUACUUAUAAAAAACGAUUGUGUAUUAAGAUGAAGAUAGUGUGAUUGAAAAUUAUUGAAAAGUAUUACAUGUAUCGAUAAUAGAUUUGAAGAGGUAUAAAGAAUGUAUGUCAUAGUCUUUUUAUCAAAUAUUCAAUCUUUUAUAUAUGCUGGCUUGGGUUACCAAAAAUAUCAGAAUUUUAAUCAAAUAAUCGAUAUUUUACAAUUAAAAUGCACAAUUAUUUAGACUUAAUAUUUCCUUUGAAUGCAAAUGUUAGUUCUUGCAUCAUAAUUAACAGAUUAUUUAUAUGUUUUGCAUUUAUUUAGCUAAUGUUUCAUUGAAAAUAAUCACUCAGUAUCAUCAUAAUGAGAAAAAAAACGUGAACCUGUCUUCCCAAAUGAACCAUUGCUUUCAGUGUGAAUUUGUCCGGUUCUACCUCCAAUGGAUUUGACAAAUAAUUGUAUAAUUUUUGUAUUUUAGUAAUUUUGUCAAUGGACGUUUUGAUUAUCUUCCUUAACAGAUAGACCGACUGCACAUUCCAUAGGACUAUCUCAUUAAUACAGUUGGUUGUUGUCAUUGUAUAUAUUAUUUACUUAUUAUAUUUUUCUUCGGUGCUUAUUUGUUUCACAGUGGAUAUGCUAGGACAGAGAAGCUAUAACCGACCAAAUGUGUUCAUAUAUUUCUAUGUACUGUUGACAUAUUGUAGACGGCAAUGUAUUGUGUAAAAAGAUCAGAUUCUUUUACAUGCGAGAAUUAUACAGGUCAUUCUGUAAAAUUACUCAUUUAAAAUAAAGAAAAGAAGAGAA